CACAAUUCUCCGUUCUCCCCGACGACUUAGAACUCUGACGAUGUGAUGGCAGCCGCUCACCGUGAAGAUUCUCCGCGUCCAGCCACCAGGGCAUGCGAUCGAUGUCGGCGGCGAAAAGCCAAGUGCGACUGUCCUGAUCCAUCAUCAGUAUGCGCUAACUGCCGUCUGGCUGGUGAGCAAUGCACAUUCAAUUUGCCGCUUUCCAAACGAGGUCCGAAAGCCAAACGGCGCCACCUAGUUGCAGAGGCUCGAGAAGACUCUUUGCAGAGUCCAGUCACACCAUCUUUGCAGGUAACGAGACAUAAUCCUGCAUCACGGGGUAUAUUCGACACAUCAGGAGGCUCGGAGAACCUCGGCCUGUGGGACUCUGGAAUCACAUCUUCUAUCGGCCUGGAUCCUGCGCUGUCGCCGGCGACGGUUCAUACUGUUCCAACACCGCUCUCCCACGCUGCGUCUACUGGAGGCGCUAUCUCUGCUUUACAGCGAUGGGAAGCACUCGCACGGAAGCUGUAUCUACGCAGGCCGACAGUGGUAUUGGAGAAUCUGAUCAAUCGCUGCUUCAAACAUUUCUUCGACUAUCUUUUUCCUUUGAUUCCGCUUGUCCAUGAAUCGAGUCUCCGAGAUGGUUUGGAGUUUUUCGUCGCUCGGGAUCAUGCACAGGCUUUACGAGGGAGCACCUCCAGCCUAAGAUAUGGUUACGAGUCAUUAAAAUACCCAGAACUAUGGCCUGAUGUGACUUUUACACUCAUCACUGCCGUCUGUGCCGAGACGGCCUUCCUUCUUCCAAAGGACCUUUUCCCAGAAGGGGAAGCGAUCGCGGAUCUGUUUCUUCAGGCAUCUCGUGACUGCCUAGUCACUUACCUCGAGGCAGACCUCGAGUAUCCCAAUGCAAACUCCGUGGCGAUUCGAUAUCUCCACUCCAAUUGCAUGCAUGCGGCAGGAAAGCCAAGAUUCUCAUGGCAUAUAUUCGGCGAAGCGACCCGAUUGGCCCAGGUACUGCAGAUGCAUGACGAAGAAUCUAUUCAGGGUCUCCACCCUCUAGAAGCCGAAUUCCGUCGUCGAGCAUUCUGGAUCACCUACAUCGGUGAUAAGUCUGCUGCCAUAUUAAACAGUCGUCCAAUUACGAUCCAUAAAUUCUCUUUCGAAUCUGGCAUCACGGUGGGUUAUCCUACCGGGAUUGAGGAUGAAAGUAUCGUGACACCCGGAAGCACGAGUGCUGAGGAGUUGACUGUCCGAAAGAGCUUUAUCAUCGGCUUCAAUGCAAAUUUGCGUCUCUGGCAAACAGCUUCUGAUUUGCUACUUGAGAUGCGUUUGCUCGAAAGUCGCAAGACUAUCUCUAUGAAUUCUCAUAAUUCACUGACUGCCGAGGAACGGCUACGGCUGGAUCAUCUUUACGUCCUUUUUGUGACGUCCUUAGAUGAUCUUCCGCCUUUUCUCCGUGAUGAUCAACUCGUGACGAACGCCCACUCUGACAGGGAGGAAAUGAAUGGUCUGUUGAAGAUUUAUACUAUCCAAGCCGCCAACUUAUACAUUUCUCUGCACUGUCUGAAAAUGGUCAUAACACAGAAAUUUGAAGAGGUCAGCUAUUUCCCUAUGGGACAUAAUGAGAUAUUGCUCUUGAGGAAAACGGAGAUUGCGCAAAACAUGUUGAGAAUCAUGCGCGAGGCUCCCUUCUGGGCACUACAAGUCAAUGGUGAACCAUGUGUUGAAAAGAUACGCCUCAUAGGCGCAAGCCUUUUAGAAAUCAUCGAUCAACAUGAGACUUCGCCCUUAUCUGCUCGUGCACGAACUGACCUCUCCGUGCUUCUUGAUAUCUUGACAAGGCUUGACUCGAAGGCAUCAGAUACCUUGCGUCGGUCUAUGUAAUCUAAUGGAUGUACGAAUAUAAAAUGGAAUCGAACACUUGCA